GCCGGCAGUCGCCGCGGUCGCCAGACGCCAGUUCGCAGUCGCCAUCGAUAAGGAGACCAGCUAAAGAAGUAUGCUUUGGCGUCCUUUUGAGACUAGUUUUCGAACUUGAGUAUUGUGUCUUAUUUCUCAAGUGAUGUGUAGAGUAUAUUUCAUCAGUAAUAGUUAAUAAAAUAAAUAAUAAAUUGAUUUCCUCAAAGAUGUUUCCAAAUUAGUAGGUGUUUUUGUAUUUUAAUGUAGUUUCUUGAUUACAUAAUAUUUGACGUGCACUGACAAGUGUGUAAAUAAUUAUUGAAUUCGAUCGAGAGGAUAUUAUUUUAUAAAAUGACGGAAGAUAUCCGAGAUAUUUUAGACAUAGACCGUGGCACCGGUCCACAGGUUUCCAAAGAUGAGAUUCUUGGUACGCAAACUAAGAAAAAGAUAUCAUUGCCUUCAGCCACUCGGCAAACUCGACGUCCUGAAGGGAUGGCCAGGGAAGUGUUUGCCUUGUUGUACAAUGAUAAAAAAGAUGUACCGCCGGUUAUCGAAACUGAAACGGGCCCUACGUAUAAACAACAAAAGGCUCGAUUAGGUAUGCGACGAGUUCGGCCAUGGGUAUGGGCACCUUUUGUAAAUCCUGCACGUGAAGAUGGUGUUGCUUUUUAUCAUUGGCGGAGAGUAGCUGAUGAGGGCAAAGAAUAUCCGUUUGCUAAAUUUAAUAAGAAAAUUGAAAUUCUUAAAUACACUGACAGUGAAUAUAAAGAUCACUUACAAUCAGAGUCAUGGAGUCGAGAAGAAACUGAUCGUCUCUUCGAUAUGUGUGAGCGCUUUGAUUUGAGAUUCAUAGUCAUUCAAGGAAGGUGGAACUAUGGAGAGUAUGAAAACGCUGUCAAGCGAACUACAGAAGACUUAAAGGAUAGAUACUAUUCAGUGUGUAAUACAUUAACUAAAAUAAGAGGUGGCAGUGUUAAUGAGACAAAAAUGUAUGACGCAGAACAUGAAACCCGCAGGAAGCAACAACUCGAAAGACUUUAUUGCAGAACUCCUCAACAAAUCGAAGAGGAACAAAUGUUACUACAAGAAUUACGAAAAAUUGAGACGAGAAAAAAGGAAAGAGAUCGUAAAGCUCAAGAUCUACAGAAACUAAUAAGCGCUGUUGACAAACAAAAUGAAAGUCGUAAAAGCUUAAAAAGUGAUAAAAAGACUCCACAUCAUCGCAAACGACUUCCAGUGACUGUUAGGCCAACCAGAGUUGAUCCAAAUAAUUUUGAAGCUACGACAAUAAAAUUUCCAGACAUUAAAAAUAGUGGCGUGUCUACGCGAUCCCAACGGAUGAAAAUACCCGCAAACGUAAGCCAAAAGAAAGUGAAAAAUGUAGAACAGGCCCUACAGUCGUUAAAAAUAAAACUAAAUCCUAUUCCAACCGAAGAAGUUUGUCAGAAUUACAACGAUUUACGAAAUGAAAUUGUUUUAUUAAACGAACUUAAGGCGGCAUGCAGUUCCAGCGUAUUCGAGUUACAAACAUUGAAACAUCAAUACGAAACAUUAAAUCCCGAUGGCGCCUUAAAAUUGGACCCCGAGUUAAUGCAAGAAUUAGCUAGUUUGAGUGUUAACGAAGAUGAAGACGAAACUGGAAUGGAAAAUAAAAAAACACUAAAAGACGAUCAACUUUCAAGUGAAAAUAGCUCUAAUAUUUCAGGCACUAUACCCAGUAGUGUAUUAGACAUAAUUUAAUCUCGCAUAAUGUAUUAUGUAAAAAUAUUACUUAACUUAUACUGUACUGUUAUGUUAAUGGUCAGAUUAAUGUUAUAUUUUAUAUUAUUUCUUUUGCAUAGAAUUGCAUUACCUUACCUUAUUUGUUAAAAUAUAAUUUGUAAAUUAUUACAAUUAGCUGAGAAAAACAAUAACUUAACAAUGUUUAAAUAUUCGUUUAGUUUAUUUAUUAUAGAGUGCAA